GUUGGACCACACACACAAAAAAAAGUGCCGAGAAAAGCCCGGGAGGGGAAGCCAAACGAAACAGAAAAUAACCCUUCUCGGUUGUGGGGAGAACUUGAGCCAGGUGCCGUCAGCAGCGAGACAGUUUUUAUCUCCGAGGUGCACGUCAGACGCCGUUCUGGUGACGUUUUGAGAAGAAGAAAAACCAGUUUACAGACGCAGGAACGCUCCGAUCAGAACAUCUCAGAUCAAUUUCAAGAUUAAAAAGCCGAGAGUCGAGUGAAAGCAGCGACAGAUUCAUCCUCCUUUUUCUGGCAUCACUGUGAAAGAAGAGCUCUCAUGUAACAUCACUUCAUUAGCAAACAGCAUCUGAUAGAUUUUAAGUCACACACACACACACACACACACACGGGUGAUCCGAGCGAGGCCCCGUCGCCGCUGCCGCCGUCGUCACGGAGAUUCUUUCACAUGCCUGCUGGCGGCCAAUCAGCGCGCUUCAAUGGAGAAUCGCAGCUGCGGCAGAUUAAACUUUAGAGGCCGCCGUUACCUCAGCAUCACCUGGGAGAUCGCCUAGCCCCCCCUCCCCCCUUCAUCCUUCUUCUCCUGCAUCCCGCACAUCACUCUUCCUUCCUCUUCCUCCUCUUCCUCCUCUUCCUCCUCUACUUUUCACAAUAAAGUCGCCAUGGCAUCGGUGCGGUUCACGGUGACGCCCACCAAAGCGGAGGACCUCCCCGGGUUGUCGGACACAUCGCCCGACAUCAGCUCCCGCUCGGCCGCCCGCGUCCGCUUCGGCUCGAGGGAGAGCGUCAACCGGAGCGACCCGCUCAGCGAGGGCUCGGGGGGACUGACCACCACGGGUACGACGGGGGGAGGCGCCGAAACGCCGGACUUCAGCAACUUGGAUCAAGGUGAUGGAAACUCCAAAAUCUCCAGUGUGUACAUCAACAACACACACGGUGUCGAUGACGACGACUUCUACGACAGAAACUUGGCCUUAUUUGAGGAGGAGAUGGACACUCGGCCAAAAGUGUCUUCUCUGCUCAACCGCCUGGCUAACUACACCAACCUGACGCAGGGUGCCAAGGAACACGAGGAGGCCGAGAGCAUCGGCGAGAAGAAGAAAGCCUACAAGUCGCCACAGAUGGGGACGUUCAUGGGCGUCUACCUGCCGUGCCUGCAGAACAUCUUCGGCGUGAUCUUGUUCCUUCGGUUGACGUGGGUGGUGGGAACCGCCGGGGUUCUGCAGGCCCUCUGCAUCGUCUUCAUCUGCUGUUGCUGCACGUUGCUCACCGCCAUAUCGAUGAGCGCAAUCGCCACUAAUGGAGUCGUACCAGCGGGAGGCUCUUACUUCAUGAUCAGCCGCUCUCUGGGUCCAGAGUUUGGGGGGGCGGUGGGCCUCUGUUUCUACCUGGGCACCACCUUCGCCGGAGCCAUGUACAUCCUUGGAGCCAUUGAGAUCCUUCUGAUGUACAUCGCCCCCGACGCGGCCAUCUUUAAGGCCAAGGGUCUCGAAGGCGAAGGGGCGGCGAUGUUGAACAACAUGCGUAUCUACGGCUCCAUCUGCCUCCUGCUCAUGUCCCUGCUGGUCUUCGUGGGUGUGAAGUACGUCAACAAGCUGGCCUCCAUCUUCUUGGCGUGCGUCAUCGUCUCCAUCGUCUCCAUCUACGUCGGAGCGCUGGUGUCCGCCUUCAAACCGCCAAAUUUCCCGGUGUGCAUGCUAGGAAACAGGACGAUCAACGCCCACGAUCUCGAGGACAGACAGUGUGCGAAAACCAUCAUGCUGCAGAUCAAAGAGCAGGCGGAGAGAGAAAACAGCAACUUCACGUUCACCAAUGAAAACGGCACGGUGGCUCCAACGCUCGACCCGGGUCACGUUCUCGUGGAGAAGACCACGUACAUCUGGAGCCGGUUUUGCCAGAACGCCGAACUCAACGCCUCCUGCGACGAAUACUUCAUGUCCAACAAUUUCUCAAACAUCGAAGGAAUCCCCGGUCUGGCCAGCGGGAUCAUUUCAGAGAACUUGUGGAGCGCCUACCUCAGCAAAGGCGACGUGGUGGAGAAAGCCGCCAUGAGCUCCUCUCACGUCAUACACCCGUCGUCCACUCGGCAGCCGUACGUGUUCGCCGACAUCACCACCUCCUUCACACUGCUAGUGGGCAUCUUCUUCCCCUCCGUCACAGGAAUCAUGGCCGGUUCAAACCGGUCGGGGGAUCUGAAAGACGCUCAGCGCUCCAUCCCCAUCGGCACAAUCCUCGCCAUCCUCACCACCUCCAUCGUCUACUUGUCCAGUGUUGUCUUGUUUGGCUCCUGCAUCGAAGGUGUGGUCCUCAGAGACAAGUUUGGAGACUCAGUUCAAGGGAAUCUGGUGGUGGGGACUCUGGCGUGGCCGACUCCCUGGGUCAUCGUGGUCGGCUCUUUCUUCUCAACGUGCGGCGCCGGCCUCCAGUCGCUGACGGGAGCCCCGCGACUCCUGCAGGCCAUCGCCAAGGACAACAUCAUCCCCUUCCUCCGGGUGUUCGGGCACGGGAAAGCUAACGGGGAGCCAACGUGGGCUCUGCUGCUGACGGCCCUGAUAGCCGAGCUCGGGAUUCUUAUCGCUUCUCUGGAUCUGGUUGCUCCCAUCCUGACAAUGUUCUUCCUGAUGUGUUAUCUGUUUGUGAACCUGGCCUGUGCUCUCCAGACCCUCCUGAGGACGCCUAACUGGAGGCCACGCUUCUCCUACUACCACUGGACCUUGUCAUUUUUGGGGAUGACUAUCUGUCUGGCGCUCAUGUUCAUCUCCUCUUGGUACUACGCAAUCGUUGCCAUGGUGAUCGCAGGCAUGAUCUACAAGUACAUAGAGUAUCACGGAGCCGAGAAAGAGUGGGGGGAUGGGAUCCGUGGUCUCUCGCUCAGCGCUGCCCGUUAUGCCCUCCUGAGGUUGGAAGAGGGACCACCGCACACCAAAAACUGGAGGCCGCAGCUGUUGGUCUUACUAAAGCUGGACGAAGACGCCCACGUCAAGUCUCCUCGCCUGCUGACGUUCGCCAGCCAGCUGAAGGCGGGAAAGGGCCUGACCAUCGUCGGUACCGUCGUCUCCGGCAACUUCCUGCAAAGCUACGGAGAGGCUCUCGCUGCCGAACAGACUCUGAAGCACUUGAUGGAUAAGGAGCGUGUGAAGGGUUUCUGUCAGUGCAUCGUGGCCCAGAAGCCGCGCGAAGGCAUCAGCCACAUGAUCCAGUCCAGCGGCCUCGGAGGGAUGAAACCCAACACCGUGGUGAUGGGCUGGCCGCACGCCUGGAGGCAGAGCGAAGACCCGCAGUCCUGGAAGACAUUCAUCAACACGGUGCGGGUGACCACAGCAGCUCACCUGGCCCUGCUGGUGCCCAAAAACAUCUCUCUGUUCCCCAGCAACAGUGAGCCGUGCACGGAGGGCUACAUCGACGUGUGGUGGAUCGUGCACGACGGCGGGAUGCUGAUGCUGCUGCCCUUCCUGCUGCGCCAACACAAGGUGUGGCGUAAAUGCGGGAUGCGGAUCUUCACGGUGGCCCAGAUGGAGGAUAACUCCAUCCAGAUGAAGAAAGACUUGGCAACCUUCCUCUAUCACCUGCGUAUCGAGGCCGAGGUGGAAGUAGUAGAGAUGCACGACAGCGAUAUCAGCGCCUACACCUACGAGCGAACCCUGAUGAUGGAGCAGAGAUCUCAGAUGCUCCGACAGAUGCGACUGUCUAAAUCAGACCGGGAUAGAGAGGCCCAGCUGGUGAAGGAUCGUAACUCCAUGCUGCGCCUGACGAGCAUCGGCUCGGAUGACGACGACGACACGGACGGCGGAGAGCGAGACAGAGUGGUGAACAGUGGCGGCGGUGGAGGAGGCGGUGGAGGCGGUGGCGGCAGCUCCGAGCACCACCGCCGCGUUCAGAUGACCUGGACCAAAGAGAAGUCCUCGCAGUACCGGGCGGCGCACUCCGGCUGCUCCACGCCCGAAGGCUUCAGAGACAUGCUCAGCAUCAGGCCGGAUCACUCCAACGUCAGGCGGAUGCACACCGCCGUCAAGCUCAAUGAGGUCAUCGUCAACAAAUCCCAUGAUGCCCGGGUCGUCCUGCUCAACAUGCCGGGACCCCCCAGAAACACAGAUGGAGACGAGAACUACAUGGAGUUUCUCGAGGUCCUCACCGAAGGUUUGGAGCGAGUCCUGUUGGUCAGAGGCGGAGGAAGUGAAGUCAUCACCAUCUACUCCUGAUUGGACAAAACGAGGAGGAAGCCAGAAGCUCUUUAAAAGAAGAAGCAGCCAAUCACGUAAAAGGAGGAGA